AUGGGAACUCAUCGACUUUUCAUCGCUCUUUUCUGUUGUUUUUGCUUACCUCAUAUCAUCCAAGCGUAUCACCAACAAGUGUACGUAGAUCAAUCGGGUCAUGCAAAUUUCACGAAAAUACAAAAAGCUAUUGAUUCGGUCCCAGUCAACAACCGCCAUUGGUUCUUCAUCAACGUUGCACCCGGCCUUUACAGGGAGAAAGUAAAGAUACCGUAUGAUAAACCGUUCAUAGUAAUAGUUGGAGCUGGAAAGAGGAACACUCGAGUUGAAUGGGACGAUCAUGACUCGGUUGCACAAAGCCCUACUUUUGCUACUGUCGCCGAUAACACCGUCGUUAGAAGCCUCACUUUCGUGAAUACGUACAAUUUCCCGAAUGAAGGGAAAGAGAACAAAAACCCUAGGACUCCGGCGGUGGCAGCGUUGAUCAACGGUGAUAAAUGUGCUUUUUACUCGGUAGGGUUUUCAGGAAUCCAAGAUACCUUGUGGGAUGCUGAUGGCCGGCACUUCUUCCACCGUUGCACUAUCCAAGGCGCCGUUGAUUUCAUCUUUGGUAAUGGCCAAUCUAUUUACAAGAAAUGCGUGAUAAACGUGCUAGGAGCGACGCUAAAACCGGGGGUAGCUGGUUACAUAACGGCUCAAGGACGGACCAACCCGUAUGACUCGAGCGGAUUUGUGUUCACGGACAGCCUCGUUCACGGAUCAGGCAAGGCUUUCUUGGGCAGACCGUGGCGCAGUUACGCUCGAGUGAUCUUUUACAACACAGACCUGACCAGCGUGGUUGUUCCCCAAGGUUGGGACUCAUGGCACUUUGGGGGCCAUGUAUCUCAGCUGACUUUUGCAGAGAUUGGAUGCUAUGGAAGUGGAUCAAAUACGGGGAGACGUGUGAGCUGGGUUAAGAAGCUGAGUGGAUUCAGUGUUCAAAGUUUGAUUAAUCUCGACUUCAUUAACAAUGGUGGAUGGGUUCAAGCUUUGCCCAUUCCUGUUUGA